CCCAUAAUGCACCGUGGCGGGAGGGCGGGAGAGCGUCUUCCUCGCCGCGACAAUGGCCGCUCCCUUAACGCUGGUGUUGGUUCUGGCUGUGACGAUAAGAGCGGUGUUAUUUCGGUCCAGCCUGGCUGAGCUGAUCUCGGAGCGGGUCGAAGUCGUGUCCCCGCUGAAUGCGUGGAAAAGAGUUGUAGAAGGCCUUGCUCUGCUGGACCUCGGAGUCUCGCCCUACUCAGGAGAUGUGUUUCAUGAAACGCCGCUCAUCAUAUACCUCUUUCAUUUUGUCGUCGACUAUGCAGAGAUUGUGUUUAUGAUAGCAGAUGGAAUCACAGCAGUGUGUCUCUAUCUGGCCGUGCAGAACUACAACAAGAAUGUGUUCAGAAAGCAGAAGUACGCUCUGGAAGCUGACAGAUAUCCACACGACUGUCUGGAGCUCAUGCGCUCACCCAGAGAGAUGCACUACAUCCCUCUCAAAGUGGCCAUGUUUUACCUGCUGAAUCCCUUUACUAUCCUCUCAUGUGUGGCGAAGUCUACCUGUGGACUGAACAAUGCUGUUAUUGCGCUCUUCAUCCUCUCUACUUUAAAAGGAAGUGCCUUAUUGAGCGCCAUAUUCUUGGCCUUGGCGACUUAUCAGAGCAUCUAUCCUCUCACGCUGUUCGCUCCUGCCCUUCUCUUCCUGUUACAGAGGCUGUACAUCCCAGUGAACCCGUGCAGGAGUAGUUUCUGGUUCUUCACGCUGCAGUACGCCUUCAUGUUCGUGGGCAGUCUGCUUGUCAUCGUCUGCCUGUCCUUCUUUCUGCUCGGAUCUUGGGACUUUAUCCCGUCUGUCUAUGGAUUCAUCCUCUCGGUGCCGGAUCUCACUCCAAACAUCGGGCUCUUCUGGUAUUUCUUCGCUGAGAUGUUCGAACACUUCCGUUUCUUCUUCAUCUGCGUCUUCCAGAUCAACGUCUUUUUCUACACCAUCCCUCUCUCCAUCAAGCUCAAGGAGCACCCAGUGUUUCUGAUCUUCAUGCAGAUCGCCAUCAUCUCCAUCUUUAAGUCGUACCCCACUGUAGGUGACAUAGCGCUCUACAUGGCCUUCCUGCCUGCCUGGAGUCAUCUCUACAGAUUCUUGAGGAACAUCUUCCUGGUGUCCUGUGUUUUGUUGGCGUGCUCGGCUCUGUUCCCCGUCCUGUGGCAUCUGUGGAUCUAUGCUGGUAGUGCCAACUCAAACUUCUACUACGCCAUCACGCUGCUCUUCAACGUCGGGCAGAUCCUGCUGGUAUCAGACUACUUCUACGCGUACCUGCGUCGGGAGCAUCACCUGAGCCAGGGUUUGUACCUGAGGAGGAAAGACGGCAGUGAGGCUACGCUGGUGUUAAAAUGACCUUCAGCAUGUGGACAGAGACCAGGCCAACCAUGCUCUUCUCCCUCUUUCACCACCUUACUUCUUUUCUUUACCCCUUCUGUUUCUUUAUCACUCCUUCAUUGUUCAUUUUUUUCACCCCUCAAACCUCUUUUCAUCUCCACAAUGAUGGUACCUCCCUCUCCUGGACCAAAGCUGCUGCGUGAGGGACAUUUUCAGUGCAGAAGCUCGUCAGAGGUGAUGGAGCCACUGAAGGACACUACGAUGCCUUUGCGUCCGCUCUGGUGUUUAAAUACAUAGCAAAGGGGUCUUGAAGUGGUGGCUCGACUGUUUACCGCGCAAAGUGUGCAGUUUAUUUUGUCUUUAUUUUUAGCAUUUCUUCCCAAAAGCUAAACAAAACAAAAUGUGUCUUUCCCUGGCGUGCAGUUCCGAGCUUGGUCAGCAGAGGGCGUGCAAUGAAUGUACAAUAGUAUGAACUCAGUGACCGCUGAAAGCCUGCUGGCUCGCCACGCUGUAGGCCUUUGUAUGAUUAUAGGAGGUAGACUACCCAUGACUGUCUGGUCAUGUGAGCGGUCACGGCACAUUUCUCCAGCCUUUUUUUUUUUGCUUACAUUGCUUUUACUUUUACGUCAUCAGUUAUAGAACUGUACAGUUAAAGGGGAAUUCCACUGAUUUAUUUUCAGAAUUGCUGCAUUAUUAACAAAACAGUUAACAUGUAAAGUCGUUCAGAAUGGUUUCGUGUGAAACGCUCCAGAGGAACUUAGAACUGUUCACAGUGGUGGUGAUAGGAACCAGACGUCCACCUCUAAAAGCUCCCUCACAGAAAGUUCCUACAUGAAACGGUUAUGAAUUCACUGCCUGAUGACUGAGACACUGUUUUAUGAUAGUUUUGAGAAGAUUUUGGGCUAAAACGUAUGUCUUUCAAUACAAGUAGUAGUAAAUAAAAUGGCUAUAUUUAUGUUGUAGAUAUUUUGACAUCUGGUUCCCAUCACCACCUCUGUAUUAUGCUACAUUUUUUUUAAAAAGGGUGGAAUUCCCCUUUAAUUCGCUUUCGUCGCCAAAACUGUAAUGCUUUUCUUCUUUGAGGAAUGUGAAUGGCCUAAAUUUGCCUUUUAUGAAUUAACAUGCACUGUAUUUGUUUAAUUUAUUGGUGUAUUUCACACUAAUUUGGUUUUGUAUGAAUCUUAUGUUAAUGGAAAAGGGAGAUUGAGUUUUUUUUGUUUAACAUGCUUAACAUUUUACAUGUUUGACCUGUUGUAGGAGGGCAUUGGGUGAAGCUUUAGCAUGAGAUUGUGUUGAAUCUGCUUUCAGACUACACGAUAUGAAAUUGCACGCCUUUAAUAAUUGGCUGGUGAUGUUGGGUGGGAAUCCUUAUGUACUAGAACGAGUGUCCGAGCAGUAUUGGUGCAUUAGGCACAGCAUAUGUAACGUCACAUUACCAAGAUACACAAUAUGCAUCAGGAAGUGUCGUAUUUUUGAUGAUUAAGAGUUGGAACAGACAAAAGGAGUGACAUUUAUAAAAGUCUGACUGAAUAUUAUGAUUAAUAUUCAGUUUCCCCACUGAGCUGCAUUAAUACAAUUAAAAUGCUCUGUUUGUAUUAAACAUG